AUGCUUGUGAAAUCCUACGAGAGUGGGAAAUUGCUGAACUCUUCCAAAGCACCCGCGUCCAGUGGUAGUCAUGCAGUGACGGGAAUUAAACCAAACACGGUCAUGUCUUUCACAGUCCAGCUCAUCAAACCGGGAGCUCUUGGAGGUGUCAGCGAAAUCAUGCAUCCGCCCGAGAUCAUAACCUGGAGAGAACAACCGCCUGCUCCACAAACUCUUGAGGUGACGGCUAAAAGAAUAAACAGUAUCAGCGCCUCCUGGACUGACGCCAGUGACAAGGCAAUUCACUCGAAGUAUCAAGUAAGAGUUACGGCCAAUGACACAAGGAAGAUGCAAAUCCUUGAAACAUCCAACACGGAGAUCGAAGUGGAUAACCUGGAAACCUUCAUGGACUAUGCCGUGGAGGUGGCGAAAUUCAGUAAUCCAAACCAGAAUGGCGAGGGCGCCGUGCCGGGUGAACCAAUCGGAAAAACAUUUAAAACAUGGCCAGGACCUGGAGGGACGCCAGCAAACCUCAAUGGCGACGCAACCGACACGAACAUCGCUGUCAGCUGGAAGGAGCCCCAAGUACGUCCAACGGGCGACCUGCUGUACUACGAGGUAACGGUCAGGGAAGUCGACGGUAUCGAGGUUUACAAGGGCCAACAUGUCGAGGGGCUAGAAUGGACGGCGCAGAAUUUAAAGCCUCUCAAAAUGCACGAAAUCGAAGUACGCAGAAGGAAUAAACCGGCAGACAGAGGGGAACUAAGCGGUGGCCUUGGCGAACCAGCGCGCACGGAAGUUGAAACGUGGCCGGGUGGCACCUUAGAGCCAACUAAGGGAACCGUGGAAGUCGUACCGCCCACAUCAGUAAAGGUGACUUGGUCGGCCCCUCAAGGCUUGUUUGGCACUGUUGAGACGUAUUUUGUUGUUACCAAGGAGGAGGACAGGCUAGUUCGCAACGACUCGGUACCACCGACACAAACAAGUAUCCUUCUGACAGAAAUACCUGCUGACGCCAAAUACCAAUUCUACGUUCAGGCAAAGAUUGCAGCAAACAGCCAGGGCAAGGGCGGCCGUCUCAGUCAGGAGGUCUUCAUCGGUGGUACAACGAGCUCAUGUAAGUCUUCCAACGGCAAUUUUAAUCUUCUUUGUUAA